AUGCCUCCACAGCAUUCCCCGCAUCCUCAGGGAAGGGAAGCCCACCACUCAUUCCUAGGGAGUGUUCCCAGGAACUAGCUUUCAGGCUUUCUUAGUGUAGCAAAUAACCCCCCUGCCAUAUGUCCCCCUCCCAAGGUGUCUCCGGGGGAGGAUUUCUGCACUCUUCAAAGGUCCUGGUUACCUACUGUAAUGUACGACUCCAGAGAAAGACAGAAGUUCAUCAGUGAUGCUCAGUACGUGAGGGAAAUGCAACACAAGAUGGAUUCAGAGUAUCAGGCUUGCCUGAGAAGACAGGAGCAGAAUAGAGAACAAACUGAGAAGAAACGAGAGCAACAUGCCAGGCAAGAACAGAGACAGAAAACCCUAUCUUCCAUCUAUGCUACACGCAGUUAUGAAAGACCAUGGAUAUCAGGCAUACCAGUUACCAGACAGACCUCUGCAGAUGAGGGUUCUGGGUCCGCCAUCAAGUCUUCUGCAAACAGAUCAGACUCAAAAUUUCCUGCUAUAGAAAAAACAUCAAGCAAGCAAAAGCAAAAACUUCCCAUGAGCUCCAGCAAAAUAACUCCAGCUGCCCAGAAGCAGUCAUUAUUAAGGAGGAAGAGAAUGAACCAGGGAGGAUUGUUGGGAAGCCCAGACACACAGAAUCUGAGAAAAUUGGAAGACAGAGACAGACAGGCCUCGUUGCUGCAGGCAAAGGCACAAGUUACCAGCGCAUCUGAUCUAGGAGUGACAAAUGAAACUAUGCUCACAAACAAGAAGCGAUCACAAGAGAAAAGGAAUGUAAUCCAGUCUUCUAAGCUAAAUCUCGAUCGUAAAGGUCUAAACAAAGAUAGCAAAAUAGGAAGUGUCCUUCCACAGGAUCAGCAGUCUCCAACUCUAUCAUCUACAUCUACCUUGCAAGGAGCUCAUGGUUCCUUUGUCUCAAAUGAGUCACAUGGUCCAUCUUUUAUACCCACUAAAAUGGCCCCUUUGAAGUUUAGAGAUGAAAACUUUUAUUCUAUGCUUUGCUUAAACAUGGAAGAGACCUGUGAAGAAAAUGAUACGAAAGAUGAUGAUUUACUAGAGAAGGAAUUCCUUUCUUUCAAUCUAAAUCACUCUCCUACUCCUCUAGAACAAAUUAGGAAAUUUAGUGGAGCAUCCUUGGCACAAGAUGAACAAUGUAACCCCGAAGAAGCUGGAGAUGAUAGAAGCAUUUCAUCAAGAAGAGUUGGAUCUUCUCAUCAACCAUUAAGACAACCCAAUGUCAUGGACACAGCUGUUGAACAGUCUUCAUUAAGGCGAAGAAACUUUAGGGACUAUGGAAAGUCUUACACUCCAGAUGGGAAUUCUUCUGUAGGUGCUGAUUGCAAUGAAAAUGAAACUCCAUUAUUUAGUUCAAGAAGCUCACGAGCUGAAAGCAGACCGGGCAGCGCACCUAUUGCUGAGACUCUUAAUAACAUUAGCUCUAUAGAUAGGCCUAGCGUCAAUAUUUAUAACAGAGAAUUGCAAGACUAUGAAAGCAACCAGAGGCGUUAUACUGAUCUCCUUACUUCUGCAAGGUCAACAGUUCAUAGACCAUUAUUGCAUUCUGCAUAUAAUCCUCCAAGAUCAUUAAUACAAUCUGCUCAUAGAGCUGAGGUCUCAACAAAUUUGAGCUCGACAACUGUAUCAUCUCAAGUAUUGGAUUUGGAUGGAAGUUCAAGGUUUAAUGUCCGUAGACCCUUGUCUCCUAUAAGAAAUAGAGAUUCUUUUUCUGCUACAGGAAGUUAUGAAUCUUCAUCACCUAUAGUCAGUACACCUGAAGAUAGUAGCCUACUGGAUGAUAGUAUAGAUAAUGGUUUAAAGAGUACAUCUGCAAAUGCUGCCUUACAUGAUGAAGAGAACUUACUAAAUUCACAUAGUUCUUUUUUAUCUAUAGAUUCUUCCAGCCCAUCUUUGUUUCAAACGAAUUUCACAGCCCACCUUCACAUGGCUGGCACAUUACAUGAUCAAUUACCACUUGCUUUGCUGGCAGUGUCUGAUUUACAAAAUCAAAGUAGUGCUAUGAGCAGCAUUACAGCAUGUGAUACCACAAGUGCAAAGGAAAUAAACAAACAUGCAGACCCAGAGAAGCUUAAGAAACUGCAGGAGAGUCUACUGGCAGAAGACUCAGAAGAGGAAGGAGACCAAUGUCGGAUAUGUCAGAUUGCUGGGGGCUCUUUAACCAAUCCACUGGUAGAACCAUGUGGGUGCGUAGGAACCCUACAGUUUGUUCAUCAGGAAUGUCUAAAAACGUGGCUGAAAGCUAAGAUAAAAUCAGGUGCUGAGCUGGGGGCAGUGAAAACCUGUGAACUGUGUAAGCAGAGCCUGAUAGCUGAUCUGGAUGAUUUUGAUGUGAAUGACUAUUACAGAAAUCACCAACAGUCUCGGGCACAAAGUGAGCUAAUGAAUUCAGGUCUCUACCUUGUGCUGCUCCUUCACCUUUAUGAACAGAGGUUUGCAGAACUCAUGCGACUAAACUACAAUCAAGCCAGUAGAGACAGGCUCUCAAGACAGCCUAGAGCAGAAGAAAAUGAAAGAACAAAGAAUGGAGGCCACACUGACACAAUGGGAGACUAACCUGGGAAGCAGCGGCUCUGUGGAUAAUUAUAGUGGAUAAUCAGCUGAACAGGAGUUCCCAGUGGGAUGCUGUGGCCAAAAGGGCUAAUGCGAUCCUUGGCUGUAUAAACGGGGAUCUAGAGUCGGAAGAGAGUUUAUUUUACCUCUGUAUUUGGCACUGGUGCAAUUGCUGCUGGAAUCCUGUGUCAAGUUCUGGUGUCCACAACUCCAGAUAAAUUGGAGAGGGUGCAGAGAAGAGCCACAAGAAUGAUUAAAGGAUUAGAAAACCUGCCU